AUGACAAGCCAAAUAAAAGAUAGUGCAUUCUACACCUUCUUUGUGGACAACCCUGAAAAUCACUCAUUAUAAAUUAAUGGUCAAAUGAAGAAUUAAGACACCUCAUUCAGAUUUAGAAAAUAUUGUAAGAGUUAAAAGGUCGAUGUCCGCUUCCCUUGGAAUGGUACCAAGGUUCAUUUCAGAGUGCAAGAUCACACUGAUUUGAAAUUAGGUUUAGACUUUGGAUAAUGGAAGCUUGGUAAAUUCGAGGCAUCCUACUUUGCCAAAUUCUUUUCGAACAAUAAAAAACUAUAAUAUUAAUUUGGAUUGUAAAAAGAAGUCAACAAGAAUUUCUGGCAUUCCGUAUGGGUAACUUGUGAAUCAGGAUUAUUCCUCAAUUACAACUUCAAUUACACACAACCAAAAUGGUACUUAAGAGAAGGAAUCCAAUGGAACACUGCUACUAAUCAAUUAAAAUUUGAUGGACUAUUAAAUUACACUGAAAAUUUAAACGAAUUUUUCGUCAAGGCAUCCAAUAGCUUAGAUAGCAAAUUAAGUUGUCAAGACCAAGAAAUCAAAUUGGGUUAUUUGAGAAGAAGAGGAAACGACAAAGCUUGUGGAUUCUAAGUGGAUAAUUAAUUGAAUCUUGAUUUGGUCUGCCAUGCUAAAGUCAAAAAGUGCGAUUGGAGACUUUACAUAAAUUAAGCAUUGGAAGUCAGAUAAUAUGUGAAAUACAAUUAUAAUGAGAAUUUGUCUAUCCAUUCAGGAUUAUCUGUGCCAUUAAAGACAAUAGGUAAAGUGUGCCCAAUGUCAUACUUAACUGCUUUAUAAGUUGAGUUAAACAUUUGACAUUUAUUACAUAGAAAAAAUAAAAUCAAAACAUUCUUAGAAAGAAUAACAAUAUCAAA